CACUCUACCUCAUGUGAAGAAGCAUUUUCUGCAUCAUUGCAUCCUUAAGGAUUCCUUCUCGUCUGAAACCAUUUUCCCGCCACUGUCCUUUUCAUUUUCCAAUGCGACAAAUUCCACGUUUGUACCGUAAAAAUAACAUUACAUUACCGCGUUCUAUCUCAAUUACACACGCCGGCUGCCAGGGGGUUUUCUUGCAUUGCAAUCAAACCGGAUCCAAUUUGACCCUGGAAUAGUCCUCGAACGUUGGAUUCCAAAAUUUCUGUUCACGGAUGAGUGGAGUAGGGGGAAAUGAUAUUUCCAUGAGAUGGCAUUUUGUUUAACAUUCGAAAAAUGGAGAAAAAGAAUGGAAUGAUCGCCGGAAGCGAUUGGAUAAUCUGGCACGAUAAACGUAAAAUAGCUUGUCCGAAGACCGACCCAAUAAGGAUGUCAGAGCGUAAAGGAAGCUUCUUGCAAAGGAAAAAUCAACUGAGCGUCUUAUUUAAAAUUCAACCGACCAUACUCAAUCCAACCUAAGCGAUUCGACUUACGGACAGGAAAAGGUUUGCCUCUAAGGAAACAUGAUAACAUGCCGAGCUGUCGAGUGGCCAUCAAAUCUCAUAUCCUCUUUUUUGUUGUUUUCGGAAAAGAAGCUGUAAGUGGAUGAAUUCAGUUUGAGUGGGUUUUGUGAGUGAAAAAGAAAACAAAGUUCUGCAAAACAACAACAUCAAAGUAAAGUUCAACUUGGAUGAUGUGUGCGGUGUGAUUUAUAAAGGCAAAAGACGUGCUAGUGCUUGUUGAAUUGAUCAUGGUUAGUGCUUGUGGAUAGCAAGAUGUUUAGAAUUCGAUGUUUAUUUGAGAAUGUUGGUGAUUUAAAAAAUGACUAUCUGAGUGAAUAAAAAUGUGUUGUGCUGUUAGGUUCUUCUAUUGCGCCCUAGUGAAAGUGUCCCUGUUUUAGCCCUUUUUUUAGAUCAAUUUUAAACUCGAAAGGUUCGUCAGGGGUGUUUGCUAUCUUCAAUUUCAACAUCGGUGAAAUGUGUAGUUCGGUGAGAAAGUGUAAUUGUGCACCGAUCAGAUGAUAGCGAACGAAAGUGGAAAAGCGGUGGCAAACGCACCACCGAAAACGCUCGCAUCAACGGGCGAACGUACCGUAGGUGUCCCUCGGGACUCGUCGGGUUCAAGCUCGUCGGAAAUCAACACGGGAACGGUCAAGCGGAGACCAACCUCACUAGAGGCGAAGGAGAAAACACCCUCACCAACGGGUGCCGACAGCAGGCGAAUCGAACAGUCCAACACAAAGGAAUCCCUGCUGCAAGAUGAAAAACAUCAGGAAAAAGCAAAGCACCUUGUUCCAUGGCAAGGGUCGCACAGUGAGAAUGAUUCCGUUGCGCUUAAGGAGGGUUCGAAAAAAUCUCCCGACCAUCCAACCAUCAGUCCGGAGGCAAUCAAAUCUUCCACUGCGGCCGGUAGUGUCGGCAAUUCAGCACACGCUCAACAAACGACUAUAGACAGAAGGAAAACAUUGACCGAAACCAAGAUACCCGCUACCAAGACGACGCGGUUGGACGAGAGGUUGAAAUCCAAACUCAAACCGCCGAGCGUUCUACAAAGAGCAUCAAACUUUACGUCUUCCAAGGGUGAUACAAAGAGUUCCCCCGGAAUGAAGAGUAGCAGUACAACGACAACCGGAGCCGUUGGUGGUGGUCAGAAGGAGAAGAAGGUAAGCUCUCCCCCGUCUAGUGCGUCCGAAUCGACCGCUUCCUCUGUGCGGUCCCAGAAGAAAGUUUCAUUCAUUCCAAACCUCUCGAUGAGUUCCGCGACGGUGUCAACACCUGGUGGAAACAUUCGUACCAGCGCUGUCAAAACGAUCCUACGCACUCGAGCGCAACAGCAAUCACAACAGCAGCAGCACGGUGACAGUACGGUAGAGUACAAGGAACUGUAUCGUGAUUAUCCUCUACCUUUGCCACCAUAUCGAGAACCUCCACCGGCGCCUCCCGUUUCCACCAAUGUGGGAACCAUCGGGAAGCAGCGUUCCGAGCCGAAACAGAUGCACGAGGAACAACAACAGUUCGUACCGGAGCCGACCAAAAAUGAAGAUGUCAGCACGGUCGUACGCUCGAAACUGAAGGGCUUCGGAUUAGGUAAGCUGAUAUCAUCCCACAGCGGUCAGGAACGACGGAACACUAACAAUUACGUCACCUUGCCACCGUCACCGAAAGCGACAGCUAAAACAAUGUCUUCCAAAGGUGGUGCGUGCGUUGGAGGAGACCUGCCGGCUAUUCCGCAGGCUUCUCCAAUGACGCUUCCGACAGCAUCCGGUGGCGGACAGGAGAAACCGCGUCAACCGUCCCCGGAUGAUAUACUAUCGAAGCCCGAGUUUAGCUCCUCACUGUUCAAGAACAUUCCCGUGCGGCAAAAGAAGGGCACAGUACCACAUCUGGAGAAUUACUGUCUGUUCGAUCCGUCGGUAGAUUUUUUCAACGAAAAGGAACACAAAAUGCGCGCUAUCCCGGAAACAGUCGAACUGGCGGAUCAGGUGUUAUAUCAGGAUCAUCUGAUCUACGAUGCAGUAGUUGAUCGAGAUUCGGACAACUAUUUCACCAUCGAGCCAGAAUCACUUGAGAUUGAAGUUAAGAAUAGACUUUCGUUGGAAAAGGUGGAGGAAAAGAUCGACGAGAUCUUCAACCAAACUCGCACGGCAUCGUCUUCCUCGACGAGUUCGACCAGCGGAUCGAGUCCGGACUAUCCGUCCAUGUUUAAUUCCGUGAUUGAGACGCCCUCCUCCAAUCUCGAGUCAACCGACGAGAGUGACUACGGGUUCCGCAAUAGGCUGAUGGAGAAUUUAAAGGUGCUAGUAGUUCCAAAAUCUAUUUCCGGUUCGAUACCGGAUGAGAAUGCAGAGGUGGAAGAUAUUCCCAAUGAAGAAGCCGAACUGGAGGACAUAGCUACCAAUGAUCCAAAAAAAUCUCCCUCUUCGUCGUCCGUAUAUUACGGGGUAGUGUUAAAGUCAGGUCCUGUCACCUCACGGCUCGAGCGAGUUCAUCAGCAGCAAUCAGUGUCGCUACCGAAUUCACCCCUCAUUCAGCACCGUCUACAGCAGCAGUCUUUGAAGCAGCACCGAAAAUGUGAUGAAUCAUCAUCGUCUUCCUCUUCGGCCACCGUAUCACCACCGGCCGCAUUACACAGUGCUUCCAGCGAAGGAACCACUACCACUGCCACUGCCGGCGGAACGCUUCUCCGACAGAACACCUUCACUUGUUCCAGCAGCGCUCUUGUAACACCGGUCGGUGAAAGCAUUACCACCUCCACAGCGCAAGCCCAGGGGACACCGAAGGCAAUCAACACCUUACCCGCAGCGUCUUCUUCCAUCACCGAGCAGGACAAAAUGUCCGCUCAGAAGAUGGCAAAAAUGAAAUCCGUUACGAGUGUCAUCGCCGGAAGUGUGUCUGGUACGGGUGGUACAGGAAAGGUGGCUAAUUUUCUUCCCCUGCUACGCAGCACGUUUGCUCUAGAUCCGCUCAAGUCGAGCUUUUCACUGCCUCAACUUCCAACCGGCGUUAGUGGUGCGAACGGAGGUGGUCGUGUUAGUUCGUGCGGUAAUACCGGUACCGGUGCUAUCAGUAAGGUGCAAUCGACGGUAGCAGCCAGCACACAGCAGCCACGUAAUGGUUCUCUCGAUUCAACACCGUUGUUCAACCGUUUGCGGAAACGGGAACGACCGCUUUCGAACCAUAGUGAUGCCGAUAGUGGAUUCCUGAGCCCUGCUACACCACCCGAUUCGAACGGUGCGUCCAUCCUAGCCGCUUGUGAUGAAGUGAUAGAUCAAGCCGCGCAAGGUGUUGGAACAGCGCAAACGACCUCGGAUGCAGUUGUUCUGGAGCAGUGUGACAGCAUCCAGGAGCUGAUACAGAUCUAUACCGACUGGGCCAACUAUUAUCUGGAACGGGCAAAGUCGAAAAGGAAGGUAUCCGACCUGUCCGCCGACUGUCGCGAUGGGUUACUGCUGGCAGAGGUAAUCGAAGCCGUCACCACCUUCAAAGUACCUGAUUUGGUGAAAAAACCAAAAACUCCUCAACACAUGUACGAUAACGUGAACUCGUGCCUCACGGUUCUAAAAUUGCAUCAGGUUGGCGGGUUAGAAUCGGUCACUCCGAAUGAUAUCUGCAGCGGACGGUUAAAGGCUGUGCUGUCGCUCUUCUUCGCUUUGAGUCGUUACAAACAAGCGACGAAGCAGAAAUCCUCCCUACAGCUACAACCACCGCAACUGCAGCAACAGCAGCAACAACAACAGCAACUACCACAGCAACAUCAAACGAAAGUAGAAAUCCAUGCCGUCCCUGCUGAAAUGACGAAUCGACAACUUCCGGUGCCGUACGCUAAGGCGGGCGUUAAUGGCGGCACAGCGAUACCACUGCCGGCUACCGUGCUGGUCACGAGAAGAUGUCCACCGGACAAAGUGCGUCCACUGCCACCGACACCGAACCAACAGACGGGACUACACGGUGGGUUGCAGAAGCAUACGCUUGGCGCCGGUGGCAUCAACAACAGUACACCCUCCGAUGGCAAUAGCUGCCCUGGGAGCCCGCAGCAUCACAACGGCACGGCGAUAAUCACACAAAUCCCGAAGGGAAACAAUAGCCUACGCCUUCCACAGGCAACAAACUGUAAAAUUCCAGCUAGCCCCUACUCUGCCUCGAACACGUUGCAGCACAACAAUCAUCAUAACAAUAAUAACAACACUAUCACGCUAAUUCCGAAUGGUAACGUGACGAACAUUCCCACCAAUCCGGCACAACAGCAACAACAGCACCAGAAACACUCGAUGCUGGACAAGUUCAAGCUGUUCAACAGCAAGGAAAAGCAGGACCGCGCUGCCCAGAAGUCACAGAUCUCCAAGCGUACCAGUUCGAGCAGUGGAUUCUCUUCGGCCCGCAGUGAACGAAGCGAUUCCAGCCUCAGCCUGGACAAUGGACACCACCAGGGAACGCUACAACCAACAGUCGUCCCGACGUCGGCCAUACCGGGCGCAAAGAUCAAAGAGUCCGGUCUGAAGAAGCUUGACUCGAGCGCAAAGUCAUCGCCAUCGCCCGCGAUGAGCGCAUCCACCAAAUCGUCCUCCAAACUCAUAUCAUCCAAAUCGAGCUCGAAAGAAUCGUCCAAGGCGGCGGCCAAGGCUGCUGCUGCUGCGGAAAAGCAACGGCACAAGGAUCCGGGUGGAGUGCAGGACUCACCCCAAACGCACAUUCCGCUCGCACCCCAGAAGGCGCAGAAAAUUCCGAUGGCGACAACCGUGACGACGACCUCGCUGGCGACGGCUGCUGUCGGUGCGUCGGCGAUGGCAUCGACGAAGGUGCAAGCGCAAGAUUCGUCCCGUCUCAAACUUGCCUCCGUGGGUAGCGCCGGUCGAAAACUGGACGCCAAAUCUGAAAGUAAAACUAGUUUACUCCAGUCCCAGAUGCUGGUCCCACAGUCCCCGAAAACGAUGGUGCCUCCGCAACAAAUGCAGCACCAGCAGCAGCAGCAGCAACAGAUGCAACAGUCAGCAGUUGGCACCGGUAUUCCGAAACCGAUGGCCGCAAUCAAGGGAACGAGCAAACCGCCACAGCUGCUCACACCGACCGGUGGCAGUGGGAAGGAAGAACUAACCGUGUGUAAGCCGAUCGUCGGUGCAAUCGUACAGCCGCAGGUGCCAAACAACAACAACGCCAACGGCGCGAUCAGUCUCAGUGGAAACAACAACACCAUGAUGGGUCAGCUUCUUCAGCAGCAGCAGCAGCAACAGCAGCUGAUCGCGAAUGGCGCUAGUAACGGUGGCGGUAUGUCCGACAGUAUGCAUUCGAACUCCACGCAAGGUGCUUCGAUGGGUCAACAUUCGACCAACUCGAGCGAAACGUCCAGUGUGGUUGCGUACCGUCCCAGCUCAGAGUCAGGCUCGGAACACCUUCUCCAAUCACCUCAGAAACUGCAUCCAAGCAAUGGUGCAGCGGGUCCGCUACUGUACGGUGGUCAACCGGAUGUGAAUCUCAACAGUAGUAACAACGGUAGUAGCAGUCCGGGCGCCGGACACGUCUUCCACAAUGGCAACGGCAAUCUGCAUCACAGCAAUAACAACCACAGCAACUCCAAUACCGCCAACAACAACAAUAACCUCAACAAGUUCCACACCGUACCGACGAAGAUGCUCAACACGGGUAGUCCUCUCGGCGCAAACCAGACAACGAUCUACGAGCAGGAAGAAAAGCAAAUCACCGUGCUUCCGAUGCGACCGCUACUUCGCGGGUACAACAGUCACGUCACGUUGCCCACUCGCGGUACCCGUGGACAUCAUCCUCAUCAUCCGCAUGUCCACCAUCACCAGCUGAUGACGGCUGAUUACUGUGAAGAUUUCAACGGUCAGGGUGGCGGUUACUGUAGCGAUGGUGACGCACUGCGUAAGAUCCCGGCUCGCUAUUCGGACAACAUCGACAACGGUUACCUUUCCGAGGGUGGUGGUAGUGCCAGCAUCCUGACAAGUGCAGGCCGUCAGCAGCACGCAUCCUACAUAAGUUCGCUGCGGGCCCGCACCCAACUUCCGACGACCAUCGAAGAACGAUGUCGUAGCAGCCGUGGCGAUCAUCUGGACAGUGUGGGAACGAACCCACCUGCAAUGGAGCACUCACAUGUGAACGGCAAGAGCAGCGCACGUCAUAGCAGCGGAAGUUCGAUUGGGCCGAACGGGCGCGAGUACUGGGGCAAGCUGCCGGAACCGUCGCCGAUCGGGCAUGGUAGCAACGGGGGCACCAACAGCCAGCACAGCUCGCAACCACCGAGCCCGACCGCUUCACGCAAGGACAAGACCGGCUCGAGUCCCGGCCAGUCGCGUCGAAGCGCACCAUCUUCGAAGGGUGGCUCGAGCCGUACCAAGGCGGCCGGUGUCCCGCAGAGCUUCGGCUAUAUUAAGCGCACGAACGGAGGCGGUGGCUCCAGCAUGCCGGGCAUAGAUCCACAUCAGCAGCAGCAACAACAGCAACAGGGACAAAAUCUGCUUACCGGUGGACGAACGGCACACGUUUCGGCUGUACCAAGAUCCAGCAAGCUGAAGGUGUCCGGUGGCACGCAAACUACCACCGCUGACUUCCAAGCUAAAGUCCAGCAACACCCGCAGUAUCGAAGCUUCUCGCUCACGGGACCCGGUGCGGCACAGCUUAGCCAGUCGGUGAAAGAAAGGUUUGGCUCCGGAACGCACAGUUUACCUAAGCCCGGUCUAGAUAUGCAUGUCUUCCAACAUAGAAUGUCCAAUCGCGCCUCCGCCAAGCUUACCGAUGGUAGCCUCUCCGACACGCAGACAUAUGCGGAGGUAAAGCCCGACUACGGUUCGUACGCCAUGUGGCUGAAACACUCGAACACGGCCAGCAGCCGGCUGUCGGAAGGUGACACACUGGAUGCGAUCUCGCUCGGCACUGCACCAUCGGCCGCGGUGGCAGCGGUGACCGGUUCACCCGGUUCCGUCACCAGACCGCACAAGCUGCUGCAUCAUACGCGCGGUGAAACACAGCAGCCCCAUCUACAUCAACAGUCCGCCACCACGAACAGUCCGCGUCUGAACCGUAGUAACAGCAUCAGCUAUCUGAAAGAAAGGACCUACCCCAGAUCGACCAAAUCGGAGAAAAUGUAUCCCUCGAUGUUGAGCCGCGGCCCGGACGUGGAAAUUGAACCGUACUAUUGUCUUCCCGUCGGUACCGUUGUACAUGCGGCCAACGGAGGCAUGGUACCGUGGAGUCAACCGACCUCUCCGACUCCGCCGGCCCGCGGAUUUGGUGGGUUGCUUUCACCGACCCAUACCGGUAGUGGCGGCGGUAGCCGAUUAACCUAUCCGAAGAAGAACGAUGAAGUGCACGGUAGCCAGGCGUCGCUACUUUCGGGUGGUUCAUCCUUAUACGGUUCGACCGAGGAACGGCAGGCGGGAGAAGUGCGUCGCCUAAAGCGCGAACUAACCGACGCCCGGGACCAAGUCAUGAGUCUUUCCAGUCAGCUGUCAACAAACGUGAGUAUUUGCCCGCUGGUUGCAUUGAAUUGAAACUGUGAGCCUUUUUACUCAGCAUAUGGGGUGGGUAAGUGUUUAUGAGAUAGCUCCAAUGAGAAGUGGCAUACAAUUUUUCUUCCGAUCGAUAAUUGAGAUAUUUUAUACAUAUUUAUACGACUGUAAAGUCAGCAAAAUCGUGCCUGCUUAUGAAUGCUGAAAGCAAAUAGACUUGCUUCUAAAAUAUGUUCAACUGCCAGUGUUAGUAUGUUGAAAUGCGGGUAUCAAUGGGCGUGCAUCUAUGAGUACAGCAUAUAUCAAAGUUUAAUUCGCAUGAAUGAAUUAAUGCUGCUUCAAUCUCCAUUUAAUAAGGGCAUUUAAUGCCCAACAAAACAAUAGAAAAGUUUUUCGACUAGUCGAAUGAUUUUCUGAUUGAUUCACUCAUCAACCGAAACACCACCCUUAAACUGUGUUGCAUUUCUUUUUCACACAUCUCACACAGCUUGUUUACCGUUAACCUGAUACCCAUUUUCCGACACAAAAACCAUCGCUUUACACCACUUUCUCCGUAGCAAAUUGUGCGUUCGGUGGUGCGCCAUUCUUCUGUAGGACCGAUCGGGCGGUAGCAUAGAAAUAAUCUGCCAGCAUAACAAAACUGCCUCGAUCGCAACAGUGUACCGCGACCCCGUGGUGCGAGUGUGUGUCACGAGGGCGAGCAUGAACUGUACGGCCCGCAGGCCCACCCUGCUGCUGGUACACACAGCUUCUCGUUUCGCUACCGUAU